UUUAAAAAAGAAGAAGAAAUUUUGGAAGAAGAAAGAAAUAAUUUAAAUUUAUUAUUUGGAAUUAAUUGUAAAUUAAAUAAAACUUUUGGAUUUUUAACAAUUGAUAAAAGAAUUGGAAAUUAUUUUAUGAAAAAAUGGGGAAAUUAUGAAGAAGAUGAGAGGAAGGAUUCUAUAGCUAUAAUAUCUAGAGAAGAUGAAAAAAUAUUUUGGUUGAAAGGAGAAGGAAAGGAAGGAUUAAAUAUCAAUUCAAUUAGUCAAUUUAUUUCAAAUUUUAUCAAUUCUUCACUUGAAUGGAUACCUAAAAACGAAGUUUUGCCUUCCUCAAAAAUUAAAAACAAAAAAGCUUCAAGUGUUUUAAAUAAAUUAAAUUUUGAAUUAUUUAAUGAAGAAAUUUUGAAAAAAGAAAAUCGUUCUUUUGAUGCUGUUAUAUUCUUUUCUGGUGGAAAUUGGCAUGGACCUAGCAAAACAGUUUUACAUUUAUUUCAUCAAGUCAAAAUUUAUUUUGACAAUUUUGGACAGAAUAUUAAAUUUUAUUUAUUCGAUGCAGGCAAAAAUUCUUUACCUUGGGCCUAUAAAUUUGACAGACUUCCAGUUGUUGGAUUCUUUCCUUCUUUUAUGUAA